UUAUAUGUUUAUUUUUUAUUUCAGAUAAAAAUGAAAAUAAUUUGCGUUUUGAUAUCAUUUGUCUUUGUAAAUGUUUCGGCUGAUAUAACGCCUUAUUUGCAGUUAAUUGCAGUUACAAACAAACAUAUCCAGAUAGCUUAUCAACGUAAUUAUGAUAUAGUUGGAAAUGGAUUGGAAUAUGUAAUUAAAGCAAUUGUCUGUGAAAAUGUAUUUACGAUAGAAAAAAUGAAUUUUAUGAUCGCUGUACCGGAGUAUGCAAGCAUUGCUGUCAAUCAGAGAUUGGCAUCUAUAGAUCACCAGUUUAAUAUGCAAGGACAAAUAUUGAUGAAAUUGGGCAUUCCUGUACCUAACCCUGCAAACUUACGUAAUUAUUUCGGUAACCUAAAUUUAACCAAUCUUGGAGUAUUGAGAAGACGUUUUACUAAAAAAGCUUUAACAAAUAUAAUCCGCCGUGAAUUAAUUGGAAAUGAAACGGAUGGAGAACCAGAACGAGUGACUUUUAGUGAGAAGUGUCUUUUUUUAGGAUUGUGGAUGAGCACAAAUAUUCCAACAUUUUAUACAAAAUCUGCUGUGACUGGCACUAAUAGUGAUUGUGUCAUAACGGAUAUAGCCAAUCAUGUUAUGGUGUACAGAUCCAUUGAGGGCAAAUAUUGGCAAGUAGACGCCAAUGACAUCAAUCAUCGAAUAAUACUACUUGAUGAACAGUUAUAUUAAUUUAGACCUGUUAUCAUAAGUCAAACUCUUCUAAAAUUAGGUUUCCUCACGAUUAUAUACACAUUUGUUGUCGUAUGCCUUUAUUUUGACCUGAAGUAGGUUUUAAGGCCUACGAAGAGUAUGGUUGGUGGAAGUGUACUGACGACAAGUUAGUUAUUUAUUAUAGUCAAGUAUAAUUGUAUUUCAAUACCAACCAAAUUUAAUUUGUCCUUUUUUUAUGUACAAUUUACUUUUAUUAUCCAUGAUUACAUCGUUUUGAAUAAAUUCAGUUUUCAACUUACUUAAAAAUUUGUAAUCCAUAAUUUUACAUUCAUUCAAACGUAUAUGUUAUUUUUUU